AUGCCCCCUCCACCAGCAUUUAUUUACACCGCGUCUCCUGCGAGAGUCAUAUUCGGGCAAGGCUCAAUCAAACGACUCCCCGAAGAGAUAUCUCGCCUCAAGCUCAGCGCCCCAUUGAUCCUCUCCACAGUCGAGCAAAAAGCCCACGCUGCUCUCAUCAAAACCACCCUCAAUGGCAAAAUCUCCGGCGUCUUCGAAGAAGCAACGAUGCACACUCCCGUGGAAGUCACCCAAAAAGCACUGGACUAUGCGAAACAAGUCAUGGCCGACUCAAUUGUGUCGAUAGGUGGUGGGAGUACGAUUGGGCUGGGAAAGGCGAUCUCUAUACGGACUGGACUGCCGCAUAUCUGUAUACCUACGACGUAUGCGGGGUCGGAAAUGACGCCUAUUUUGGGAGAGACGGAGAAGGGACAGAAGACAACGAGGUCGGAUCCGAAGAUCUUGCCGGGGACGGUGAUAUAUGAUGUGGAUCUUACGAUGUCGCUUCCCACGGGCAUGAGCGCAACGAGUGGAGUAAAUGCAAUUGCACAUUCAGUGGAAGCGCUCUACUCCCCCGAAGCCAACCCCGUCAUUUCCCUCCUCUCCCUCGAGGGAAUCAAAGCCCUCGCCGAAUCCCUCCCCACCUUAACCACCUCGCCCUCAGACCUCCCCGCUCGACUCAACGCCCAGUACGGCGCCUGGCUAUGCGGUCUCGCCCUGGGAUCCGUCGGCAUGUCCCUACACCACAAGCUAUGCCACACGAUCGGCGGCAGCUUCAACAUGCCGCACGCGGAGACACAUACAAUCGUUUUGCCUCACGCGUUGGCUUACAACGCGCCGAAGAUUCCAGAGGUAAUGGCGAGGUUGGCGGAUGUGCUGCCGGGGAGUGAGGGCGAUGCGAUCAAGGGGUUGAAUGUGUUGUUGACAAAGCUGGGCGUGAAGAGGGAUUUGAAGGCGUUUGGGUUCAAGGAGGAGGACGUGGAUAAGGCGGCGGAUAUUGCGGUGUUGAGGGCGUAUCAGAAUCCAAGGCCGGUGGAGAGGGAUCUGAUAAGGGAGGUGAUUCGGAGAGCGUAUGCGGGGGAGGAUGCCAGAGCUGAUUUGUAG